AUGUCCGAUAUCCUAAACAGAAACACCGGCCUUGGCGUCUUUGUCAAUGUAAUGGGUCUUGUCAAAGACUGUCGGCUUCCAAUGACCAUCAAACCCGGCCAAGUCAAGACAACUUUGAAACUAUACGAUAUAUCUUUGCAAGACGAUUACGCCACUCUUGCUCUACACGUAUUCGGUAAAAAUCGAGAGGAGAUGCCUGUAGUCAGUGCCGCUGACGUCGUGCUGAUUCGACAGGCAAAGGUGCAAGAUUAUGGGGGGGUGAGAUCAAUUGUGACCAAUUUCUCGACUACCAUUUGCGUAUAUGCGGCCACCAAAAUCCCUCUAGAACCAGAACUGCCGACUUCUGCUCGAAGACCACCGACAUGGAAUCCAACUCAGAGCAAAAAACCGUCCACGCCGGAAGAAAGCAAAUACGUCUCAUGGCUCUUCCACCACAUUCAAAAAACUGUCAUUUUGGAGCCAGUCGAGUUUGCUAUAGAGGCGGCAAAGACAUUGAACAUCGCAGACAAAUUCAGCACCCUGAAGGACGUGACGGAUGGCAAGUUUUACAAUCUCAUCGCCAGGGUUGCGCACAAGCCAUUGCCCAUCCACGAUUAUGUAACACUGUGGAUUACGGACUACACCGAGAAUACCCGCUUCCAGGACUUCGACGUGCCCGACGGCAAGCCUGGACAGAGCACACAGGUGGGCGAUGCACAUGGCUACCUGAACAAUUCCACCGCCAAUGUCAGCAGCAAACUGUUGUCGGAUUGGACUGGCCCACGGGGGAAAAUGAGCAUGCAGGUGACCUGCUAUGAGCCCCAUGCAAGUUACAUCCGAGAUUACGUGACUGCAAGCAAUUGGGUAGAGUUGGGAAAUGUUCAGGUCAAGAUGGGUCGCAAUGGAGCCUACCUCGAAGGCUUUAUGCGGGAUGACCACGCUUACGGAAGUCCGAUCCGGGUCAGCUGUAUCGAGGUGAAUCCGGGGGACAGAGAUUCGAUCGACCCGCGACACAAAGCCGCUUUGCGACGGUAUCGAGACUACAAGGUCCAAUGCAAGGUUAUGUCCCAGAAGAAGCGGAAAGCCGACGGCGAGCCAGCGCAAAACAAGAAACAGAACAGGGCCAAGGAGCAGCGGGGGCUGCUGCGGUCCAAGCAGUUUGGCACAAAUGCCCCCGGCGACGACGGGAACGGACAGCUGCCCGAGGGGAUGAUGGCACCAAACCUUAACAGUAGCAUCGUGUCUGAGAACCAACACCGGGCGAUCACGAGACUGGCGGAUGCGCUCGAGCCUUUCUGUUGCCAGACAGACACGGCUGACCAAAAGGCAGCAGGACUGUUGCCGCUGCCGUUUGUAAACGUCAAGUUCCGCGCGCAGGUGCGUGUUGUCGACUUUCGGCCGUCACGUCUGGAGAGCUUUGCCGUCGGCCGACGACCCCAUGUGCUAGACAUCCUGUCGGACUACGAGCGCGAUACGGAUACCGGUGACAGCAACGAGGACAGAGCGACCCAGCCGGGAGCGAGUGGCCGUGCGCGUGUCCCGCUGGUCUGGGAGUGGCGGUUUGCCCUACUGCUCGAGGAUGCGACGCCGUCCGCGACGCCGUCCGCGACGCCGCCCGCGCGCAUCUGGACCGUCGUCGACAAUGCCGGGGCACAGAUGCUGACGGGCCUGAACGCGUGCGACCUGCGCUGCAACGUCGACGCACUGGACGCCCUGCGCGAGAAGAUGUUUGUGCUGUGGGGCGAUCUGGAGGAGAAGAAGCGGCUGCAGCUGCGCGCCAAGCGAGAGGCCGAGGUGGCCGCGGCUGCCCAGCGGCAGAAGGGAGAGCAGAAGAAGCGGGAAGAGCAGAAGAAGAAGCAGCAGCAGCAGAAGCAGAGAGCGCAGAAUGCAAAGCCCGGACAGACAUUUCUGCCACCACAAGACUCAUCCGACGACGAGUGGCACGACAGCCAAAAGGGCCGGCAGAAGCCCGACACAGCACAACAGCCUCAAACAGAACUGCCUUCACGGCCUGUGGAGGAUGAUGACAUUUCCAAGACGGUCAGCAAUCGGCCGUUUGUCUGCUGUGUGUGGCAGUAUGGAGCCAAAGAUGCAGGCGACGAGAACAGCAACGGCAAGCGCACGUGGAAACGCAUGUUUGCGCUGUUUGGGACAAAGAUAAGCGGUUCGUAG